AUUACUGCUUCAUGAACAGAACGCUGAGGUUUUUUACAUUUUUGUUAAAGUCCUGAAGCUGACAGCCUCUACAACACAAUGCUGAAGCGCUUUCGCCAGGAGAAGUCGGUGUGGCUGAGCUAUGGCACCUUCUUGCUGAAACAGGGGGGGAAUGAUGCCGCUCACAGGCUUCUGCAGAGGGCACUCAGAAGCCUCCCAAACAAAGAACACGUCGAUGUAAUUGCCAAGUUUGCUCAGUUGGAGUUCCAGUAUGGGGAUGUGGAACGUGCCAAGGCCAUGUUUGACAGCACACUGAGCAGCUACCCCAAGCGCACAGACCUGUGGUCUGUCUACAUCGAUCUGCUGAUCAAGCAUGGCUCCCAGAAAGAAGUGCGCAACGUGUUUGAACGAGUGAUCCACCUGAGCCUCGCCGCCAAGAGGAUCAAGUUCUUCUUCAAGCGCUACCUGGAGUACGAGAAGAAGCACGGCUCCGCCGAGACCGUGGAGGCAGUCAAGGCGAAGGCUCUGGAAUAUGUCGAGGCCAGGGGCUCUGUGGCUGACAGCUAACCCCACUUCAGUCAUUUCCAGUCACGUGUGUGUCUCACAGCUUGCACAGGGCUAAGACUGCACUGUGCUAAACAUAUAACCCACACCCCCAUUAUGGGUUUCCAUCCUUCAAGAAAUCUCAUUGUGGCAUCUAAAAAAUCUCGAAAGCUUGUCCUCUGUGGAGGUUUCGGUAUAAUGUUUUGCAUCUUGUAGUGGAACCUACUGUGUUCUCAUGCAAGACUGUGCAGUAAUUACAAUUUAGCCAUCUGAACAUAAGCUGGUGAUAUUCUGUUUUUAAAUCAUUUUGUACCAGUUUCUUUGUAAGGUGUCUUGUCAUCAUAUUUUUGCACUUGAUAGGAUCUGCAAAAAAUGUUUUCCAUUUCUUCAUAAAAUCUUCUUUUCAAAUCUUCUGCCUUUUUAUUCCAAGGGUAUUACAUUCUUAAUGCUGUGUGUCUUUGGGAUAUUCCAAACAAAUACUUAGAGACACAACAGUAGACCCACCUGCAGCUUUUAUUCUGAGUGUAAUAGGAGUUCAGAAACACCCCAUAGUGCCUACUUUCUUAUCACAAUGCUGUCUUUGGUUUUUUAUUUUGGCCAAGGAGACAAUAUAACUGCAAGCAAAAGCAAAAUUGAUGAAAACUGCUGAGUUUUUAACAAGGGGAAAUAAACAAGUACUUACAAAUGUUUUUAAGGAGGGCAUGUGAUAAUGGUUUAACAUUCUGGAAAAGGAGGAAACAUUACUGUAAUGCUCCAUUACGUGGAAACGCAUGAAUGUGGACCAAGAUGAAAGGUUUUUUUCCCUCUCUGGGACAUCCUGCACUAAUCCUUUAGGUUUUUUUUCUGUGGAGAGAGUUUUUAUGGUUUUGUUGGAAUUGUAUUUUCUGUAAUGUCCUUGUUUAUCCAAACUAACAUGACUUAGUUCUUAGUGCACCACCCAUAGCUAUAUGGGAAUGCUCCAGAUUUGAAACUUUUCCAGGGAGAUAACUCCCUGUAACUUGGUGAGUGUGGUGCCUGUAAUCAGUUCUUGGCGAAAAAUGUGCUGAGAAUUCACCUUUGCUUUCAGAAGAUCUUGUUAUAAUACAUUUUCUCAACAAGGUCAACAAUUUUUAGGAUAUAGAUUGGUAUUCCACCAAAUGUAUCAUAAAUGUGUUCUGAUAUUUUUUUCGACAAUAUGAUCUGUUUGUAAGUAUAGUUUACAUGACUAAUGAUACUCCUGAUGAAUGACAAAUUUAUAAAUGGAUCCUUAAAACAAAAUAAAUGGAUAACAUAUAUUAUAUAGGGAUACACAUGGAACUGACAAAAUGAAUUUGAGUUUUCUGUGCUGUUACCAUAAACCUUAUUGUGCUUUUCACCUUAUGCCUUUAGCUGGUGCUUAAUUGCCUGCAUUUUGACAAAAGUGUUUUUAAUAAUGUACUUACUGAUAAUAAUACUGACUAAGUCAAUCCUGACUUAAAGCAAGGUAGAAAAAAAAAAUAACAUUUAAGAAAUACAGAACUGUAGAAAAGCAGUUUAAUUUUCAGGUUCUACAAUAUUCAUGCAGAAUAGAUGUCAUACAGAGUCUGUACUUGUGUUGAACUUGAAGAGAGGGAGACUGCUUUUUGUGAGACUUUUGUAUGCCUUAUGCAUCAAUCUGGAUAAAAUCACUGCAGUUGUCUCAUACAGUAAAUAACAAGCACUGUUUUGAAGAUGUUCGUACGCAAGUGUGGGUGGAGGACAUACCGAUUUCUGAUCCUCUCUGACCCUGAAAAAGGCGAAAAUGCAUUUCCCCAUUCUUAAUUAAAGGCAAAAAGGUGCAUAGAUUGUGUAGACAUGGGUAAACAUGUCUGAGAGUGAAGGGAAGGUUAAUGUAAUCUUCAGCUUCUUAAAAUAGGGCAGUAAUGCCAGUAAUUAAUGUAGUGGUAUACAAUGAUGGUCAUAUUUCAUGUAAUAAUCUUAUCCUUCCUAGUUAGAUGUAAUGUGGACUAGUUGAACUGUCUGCUUGAUGGCUUUCUCCAAAGAGAUCAUGUGAAAGCUUUCUUAUGCAGGAGUUAAGAGAAGAGGUUUGCUUACCCAAUACUUGCACAGCUGUGUUCCCUGGGGAGCCAAAGUCCAAAUGAUUUCAUGCAUCUCUUUACAUCAAUACAGCCAGACCAGGGCAAACAUGUAAAGUUGCAAAUUAAGUAUACGCCAGGUUCAGCAUAUUGAUUUCAAGCCAAGGGUAUGUGAAAAUCAAAAACUGUGGCUCCAAGCAACCAGACUUGUUUACUCCAGUCUUCUACCAGCUGAGGGUGUGUUUUAUGUAUAUUCUCAUAAAAUAAACUUUAUGUAAAGUAAAUCUACUUUGCCUUUCAGUACAAGUUCUCAAGUCAAAAUGACACUUUGAUCUGUACAGUAGCUACCCUUGAAUGAGUGAGUCCAAGAAUAAUGACAAUGACAGUUUUUUUGUGUUGGCAGAGAGAAGAAGCAAUUGGAGCUAUGUUUGCUAUUGGUGAGAAACUAUAAUUUGACCAUACAAUUUAAUUUUGCCUUCAAAUAAACCUUCUGGUAUUACACUUGAAACAAAUCUGCAUAUUGUAUUGGAGCAACAUUUCAGAUGUCUCUCCUUUCUUCAGGUAAAGAAGGCUUGACAGCCAAAACAAUCUUUUUUUUUUCUUUUGGCUUUUCAGUGUAGCGUUUACUUGUAUUUAAUCCUUUUCUCUUUGCAUGCUGGCAAAGCUCAUCCCUCUAUGUACAUUUUCUGUUCAGCUUUCUUGGCUGUGCCUGAACUGAGACUGUGCUUAAUGGUUAUAUUUUCCCAUUAACAUAAUAGUAACUUACAAUAAAAAAAAUACUUACUCUUUUA